CAGGGACUUGUGAGCGAACCACUCCAGCGCCGACAUCGCCGCUGCCGGCCAGAAGGAUCCCGCUUGCAGCAAUUGGACGUGACGGCAGCCUGCCCCUCUGCGCGCACACAGCGCGGACGCGCAGCUACAACAGACCUGGGUAGGACGAGUCACGAAGGCGAGGGGAGCUGGAGGAGGAGCCGGAGCCGGGAAACGAGGCGGGGACGGAGCCGCCGAAGCUAGAUGCACUGAGCGUAGCGGGAGAUCUCCGCCCCGUCCUUGCCCACUGCGGUAGCGCGUCACAGGGAACGAAAGGAGCGGGCUUGGCUUAAGUUGGGAAUGCGGCUGCACGUGGAGAGUUCGAGCUUGGGCUGACCGGGGUGAGGUUGCAGCUGUGCAACAGAGGAAGCUGCAAAGGAUCCUUGGCUGUUCGUGUUGCUGUUUUUUAAAGACGCGAAUUUUAUGCUUGCUGUGCGGCUGAAUAGCUUUAUUUCCCCAUGCGCCUCUGGGAAGGACGGAAAGAGGGUGGUUUGCACGUGCGGAUAUUUCUUUUGGAGGGCGAUUUGGGUGAAGACUGCAGUCGGAGUCCCGUAUGCAACCUAACUGCCCUUGCUUUGGUUUGGUUUUGCACCCGAGCUGUGCCCAAGGAAGCAGCAAUGUUUGCCUCUUUUGUUUUGUUUCUCGAAGUUUUCAGGGGGCGAGGAGCGGUCGCAUCUUGACUCUUAAAUGUGCACGCGAGCACGCGAAAUGCCCGUGCAAGAGUUCCUUUCCCGUAUAGCCGCCUGCUAUGUGCAGAUAGUAAAUAUUGCUGGUAAUUCAAAAUGGCCCGCUCAGGCCGAGGAAGGGGGCGUGCUUCCUUGACCUUCAACAUUGAAGUGAUUGGCUUUGGUAGAGGUGAAGCACUCCCUGAAGCAGUAUUCCAGCCGCCUCCACUAUAUCCUACAACAGAUUUCAAACCAAUACCACUGAAAACAGGAGAGGGUGAAGAUUAUUGUUUGGCUUUAAAACAAGAACUUAGAAAUGCCAUGAGAAAGACACCUUAUUUUAUGUCCAAAAAUGAGGACAAUCAAGGUUUUGUACCUGUUGAAAGGUACAGCAAAAAGUACUUGCAGAGAAAUGGUGAUAAGCAAGAAUGGACUCCAGACUGGAGAAGAUUACCAAAGGAGCUCAAACCAAAGAAAAGGAUUAAAAAAGGUGGAAAACCAAAUAAGGCAAAAACUGCAACAUCCAAAACUAAUGUGGACAUACUGAAAAAGAUAGAGGAGCUGGAAAAGAAAGGAGAUGGGGAAAACUCAGAUGAGGAGGAAAAGGGAAAAGAAACUAGCAAGGAUAAAGAGGAAGAAGAAGAAGGAGAUGAGGCAGAAGAAUAUAAUGAAGAGGAACAUGAAGAGGAAAAUGACUACAUUGCUUCGUAUUUUGAAGAUGGAGAUGACUACGGAGCUGACAGUGAUGAUAACAUGGAUGAAGCAACUUACUGAAAUUAUCAUCAUUUCAUGGUUCAGAAAAUAAAAGCUGAAGAGUGCACACUUCUGUUACCUCAAAUUAUGACCAAGUAUCAUCUGAGUAGAUUAACAAAGAUGAUUCAGCCUCAUCUUGCUGUUACUUGAGUAUAAGAUAAUCUCAGAUUCAAAAUGUCUUGAGAGUUCAGCCUUUAUUGAUGGAAUAGAAAAUUAUAGUGGCGGCUUAUGGAGGAGCUCAGAUGUUCCCUCUGUACCACGCUUUUCCUUCCUUGAAUGAAUUUACAGCAGUGUUAAGUGAGCAGUGUUAAGUGCGCCUCGAUGGAACAUAGGCCUAACCAAAUUACUCUGCAUUGCUUAGGGAAUUAGCUUUUGGAGAGAAAUGGUUGCUGUAAUGUUUACAAUUUACCCUUCAUAAGAUAAAGCAUUUACUGAAAAUCUGAUGAAGGCUAUGAUAGAGCUGAGCAGCCUCCAAGCCUCCCCAAUGGGCUUAAGUCUGCCCCAUCCCUUGCAUAUCAAUUAGACUUUGGAAAAAAACAUUGCAGCAGAGCCUGUCUGGAACUAUUUCCAAGUUAAAUUGCUACGGGGGGAUUUUUUCGAGGAAGGCUGUAGCAGGAGAAAAACCCUGGGAGGAGUCAUGUGAAGUGUUCCAAAUCAGCAGCUUCUUUGUCAAGAACUGUUGUGCUUUUAAAAUUUGUAUUUCAUUUUUCAUUGUUUGUCCUCAGAUCUUGGCCGAUAAACAGUUUUGGUCAAACACUGUUUAAAACUGGAGCCUAGUAAACUGAAUUGUCUGUUGAGUUACCAGACUUUAGAUCUGAACUCUACUUGCAGCAGUUCUGUCCAAGAAUGAGUCUUAUAAUGCUUUGGGGAACUUUCCAGCCCAACACUUACCAAGUCUAUGUGGAAAUGGAGGAGUCAUGAUGCAGCAGCCUAGAUGCCAUCUAGAACAGGGGUCCUCAAAUUUUUUGAAUAGGGGGUCAGUUGAAAGGCUGCAGUGACCGUCGUAGGCCAGUGAGGUGGGUGUUCCUGGAGGUGCGGGCUGGUGAGUUUGAGGACCCAUGAUCUAGAAGGUGUAGCCCCUUUUGCAUUUAAUGGUCCUGGCUUGCACUUGGUGAUUCUGAGACCUCAGUGAAACAGAUAAAGCCCAAAGGAUUUUAACUCAAAACCAACACUUCACCUUUUGCUUAAAGGGUUAUAAGGAGCUUCUAGAAAUAUUGUUUUAAAAAUAACAAGUGCCCCCAGUUCUCCAAAUGAUGAGAGAGAAAUCACCUGUUUUCCAUUUGAAUGGUAUAAAACAUUUUGAACCUAUUCUAAAUUUCAUCAGUUCAUACAAUCAUAUCUUUGAAUCAGGCUAUUUAAAAACAAUUACUUGCAAAUAAUCCAGCUCUUGCAAAGAUUUUGAGUGGUACAUUCUGAUGGCCAGAGACCUGUUGUGCAGAGCCAAGGCAUGAAUUUUGCAGACUGGAGAUUUAUUUAUUUUUAAAGCUUUUAUCAACCAUAAACUCCUUUUUAUGAGGAGUUUGGUUCCUUGUGAGAGAGGAGGCCUGGUAUUUAAAAUACUCUUUGAAUGCUCUACUAAGUUAUUCAGUCUUGCUUUCUUCUGAGUAGACAUUCAGAAGCCCUUCCCUGCUUUCUUCUGAGCAGGCUUAAAAUAGUAGUAAUCAUGUGUAGCCCUGAAGUUUUUAGAAUUUUUUGGUGCUUUCUUUUCACUAAGGAAAGGUGCCAGAUAGAAAAGUUCACUUUCUCCUUUAAUGUUUGAUUCCUGUUUAGAACUUGGCCUGUAUCAUUAAACAGAAUAGUAGCAUUCACAGCUUGGUGCAUGAGAGCUUAAAAUGUAACAUUAUUCUUUGCCCUGAUGAUCUUUAAUUGUUCAUCUCAGCAUUCAGGUUAUCUGUUCUGACUUUCAUUUAUAGUGGCCUUGAUUAAUGCCAUUGAUUAAAACUUUUGGCAGUUUGAAUAGCUCUUCAGUUAAUUGAUCAAAAUCUGAAUUGUUACUAUAUCUCAUAUAUGAGUGGAUUAGCAAUUCCAGUAGUGCCUGGAUAUUAUUACCUAUGCGACAGUCCUUAUUUCCAGAGACAUAUCUGAAAUGAUCACGCUUAAUAUGAAUAAAUUGAUUGAAAUCUCUCAGGAUUUAGAUAAGGGACAACUUUAAAGCUGAAUUUAUGGGGUAAGGGAAUACACUCAAGAUGAGUACUAUAUCUCAGAUUGUUUAUCGUAUGUAUGGCAUUCCUUUUUCCAUACUGGCAAAUAUUUUUUAAAAAAAUCAAUGCUUGGAUGUGAAUUUGGAGAAGAUUCCUUUCUGUUGUAUUAAUCUUUAAAAAGGAUGCAAUUUCAAUUUAAGAAGUGGGUUUGGAUUCCUGAAUCUCUCAUUAUACCAUUGGGCUUAUUUGUUUACUGGUACUGAACUGUGAUCUUUUCCAUUUAAAUUUUCUGCCUUGGUCAGUUUUGGAAUUUUUUGUCUGGACCAUUUCUGUAAAUCAAUGGUAUUAGAUUCUAGGUAUUUUAGAAAAGAUGGGCUUCCCUUUGCAGUUACAGUUGUUGAAGGUGUGUGGCACAUAGUUACAUCAGUUCAGUUUUAUUCUAUUUUCUCAUGCUAAAUUGACACAGUCAGGGCCACCAGCUUUCAAAAUUGAUAAGCAAAUGAUUUUGUGCCAGACGUGGAUGGAUAAAGCGAUUGCUACCUUGGAUCAACUGUCAGUAUGCCAGUGAGUUUUGUCAUUCUCUGGUUUGUAGGUUGAGUAUAUUUUGCCAGCUAUGACUGAGCAGCAAUACUUGCAACCAUUUUAUUACCUAGGUUUGACACUCUUGCUUUUACAGCUUCAGCUUCUCUCUCACUGGUGGAACCAUUUAUGAACCCUAUCAGACAAAUAGACCUACAAUCCAUGUCUAUAAAUAUUUAUUAUUAGGAAAUAAAUAGAAUAUACAAACUCUUAAGCAGGAAUGGAAUAAUGAACUAGGUUGUUUCACAUUGUGUAAUCAGUGGCCUUGGCAUCUGUAAUUGAUGCGGCUAUGAAUCUCAGGUUGCAUCUAAUUCAGCAAAAACUUAUUUCAUAUUUGUUGGAUAUUGCAUUUUCUCUUUACUAAGUGUUUUCUCUAAGUCAGCAAAUUGUCAGAGGUAUAAUGCAGCUAAUGCUUCUUCUGAGUGUCUAUUUUGGCAAUGCCUAGUAGUUGCCCUUUCUUUGGAAAGAGGUAACUACAUGGCUACAUUUUGUAUUAAAAGACUCCUUAAUAUCUACUGCUGUAUAUGCUCUUUUAAAUAAUAUAGCUGCUUACUGGUAGUUAAGCCUAAUCAGCACACAGUUCUCUACACCCUUCUGACAGUACAAGACUGAUUACAACAUUGAAACAAUACGCGCUUAUCUCCUAUAAUGUAAUGGACUAAAGACCUUACCGUGUUUUCAGCAUUUGAAUGGAUGGUAUAUAGAUGCCAGCUACAGAUGGAUACUUAUUUAGAUAUCUGGUCUGCUUUUGUUGAAGAUUAUGUAGAGAUCUGGAAAGUUUUAUUUUCAUAUAUAUGAAAGUGAAAUGGAUAUAUGCACUGAAAUACAUUUAUUGGAAAAUAUGUAGCCAUAUUGUCUUUUAUUCGCCUUUUCUUUUGUCAAAAUCUUACAAUAAAAGUAAGUUACAACA